CCAACAUGCAUUCGACUCCUCUUUCUUCGUUCAUUGUACUGGCAAGUGCGGUUGCUCCUGCACUAGCCAGUACUUCUAGCAAUGCAAACCAGACUCUUGUCUCUGAUAUCAACUUCAUCUCUCAGCAUUGGGGUCAGAUUAGUACAUACCAGAACAACCCUGCUGACGCAUUUGGCGUUCAGUGGGUUGGUCUUCCUGCUGGUUGUCAAGUCGAGCAAGCUCACACUCUUCAACGCCAUGCACAACGUUUCCCUACCAGCUAUAUCGAUGAUGGCAUCUUGACUGAAGGUUUCGCUCAGAAGGUCGUUGACUACAGAGCCAACCACAGCUCUUCGUUCUCCGGUCCCUUGUCUUUCCUCAACUCCUACAAGUAUCAGAUGAACGAAAGCUAUCUCACCGGUAUCGGUGCUCGUACUGAGUUCUCUUUGGGUGUCGACUUCUGGAACAGAUAUGGUCGCAUUCUGUACAACGCUUCUGCUGGUCAGGUCAGCUACAACCCUGACUACGCCAACGGCACAGCCAGACCUAAGCCAGUCCUUCGUACUACAAGCCAGUCUCGUAUCCGCGAGAGUCAGAUCAACUGGGCCUUGGGUUUCUUCGGUCCCACCUACGAGACAGUCCCUGUUCCCAAACUGACCAACUACACCGAUGGUGACUUCUUCGACCUUGUGGUCAUUCCCGAAGGUGGUACUGAGAACAACACUCUUGCAUCCUAUGACUCGUGCUUCAACGACGAUCUUACUGGAAUUGGCGACCUUGGUGACCAAGAUGUGUUCGUCUGGAUCCCAAAAUAUCUUAAGGACGCAACCGCUCGUCUCCAGCAAUACUCUCCUGCAGGCUUCAAGUUGACGUACAACGACACAUUUGGCAUGCAACUGCUUUGCGCUUAUGCAUCUGACUUCUGUGACUUCUUCACCGCAGACGAGUGGGAUGGUUUCGAGCAGGCCCUCGACAUCGAGUACUACUAUGAUUACAGUUUCGGCAACCCAACUGGCAGAGCCCAAGGUAUUGGCUACGUGCAGGAGCUCCUCGCCCGUCUCACACACCAAUACAUCACCGUCUCCAACAGCUCUGUCAACAGCAGCAUCACCAACAACUCCAGAGACUUCCCUCUCGACCGUCCAUUCUAUGCCGACUUUACCCACGACGAUAUCAUCGUCAGUGUCAUGACAGCAAUGUCUCUGGACUACUUCCGCGAAGCUCCCAGUCUGACUCAGUACCCUCCUAACCCUGACCGCCACUUCUAUCUGUCCAAGAUGACACCUUUCGGUGGUCACCUCAUUACUGAAGUGAUCGGCUGCUCCUCAGCCGACCCCGCUCCUGUCAACAAGGAGCGUGUCCAAUACUACCCUACCCAAUACGGCUACAACCCAUCCAACGCAACCCACAAGUUCGUUCGCAUGCGUCUGAACAACGGUAUCCUGCCUCUCGAUACCUUGAGAGGCGGUGCUUGCAAGGGACGUAUCGAUGGUAUGUGUGCAUUGGACAAGUUCGUUGCCAGCCAGAACAGCUCGUACGCAUUGAGCAACUACGACUAUGCUUGCUUCGGCAACUGGACUAUCGCCAACACCACCAAUGCAAAUGAUUACGACGGUACUGUUUACAAGGGCCAGGCUGGAAUUUUGGAGAACACUCAGCCCCCUAGCAGCGAU